AUGAGCAGUGUCAAUCUGGAUGGUGCCUCCAACAACUCAAACUAUUAUGACGAGGACUAUAACUAUACUGACUUUGAUCUCACUCCCUACCUUCCUUGUGGGAAGGAUGAAGUCAGAGCCUUUGGGAAGAUCUUCCUCCCAGUCCUGUACAUCACGGUUUUUGUUUUUGGAGUGAUUGGCAAUAGCUUUCUGAUCCUCAUGAUACUCAAGUACCUUAAAUUGAAAACGAUGACUGACAUCUACCUAUUGAAUUUGGCCAUCUCUGACCUACUGUUUAGCACGUCACUUCCCUUCUGGGCCACUUAUGUGACUUCAGAGUGGAUCUUCGGAAAUACCAUGUGCAAAAUAAUAAGUGCCCUCUACAGUGUGAAUUUCUACAGCGGCAUCUUCUUCAUAGCCUGCAUGAGCUUGGACAUGUACCUCCACAUUGUCCACACAGUAUCCUUGAAGAACCACAGGACGAUCUACAACAGCAUUGUCGUCAGUGCUGCUGUAUGGACACUGUCAAUAAUUGUUUCAAUCCCUGAACUCAUAUUCAGUGUGUCCAAGAAGAUUGGUGAUAGGCAUACUUGCCUUAGUCAUUUUGGCGAUGAGCAACUGGUGAUCUGGAAGACAACGGUACAACUCCAGGUCAACAUCAUUGCGUUCCUCAUUCCAUUUUUUGCCAUGAUCUUCUUCUACGCUCGGAUCGCCUCUGUCCUGCUUCACUCGAAAUCCUUCGGCAAGGAGAAAGCCUUAAAACUGGUCAUCAUAUUGUUUGCCGUCUUCUUCGUCCUGUGGUUCCCCUACAACAUCGUCCUUUUCCUGCAUUCCCUGGAAGAGCUUGGCAUCAUUGGUAAUUGUGAAAUGAGCAAGAGGCUGGAUUAUGCCUUGCAGAUAACUGAGUCUAUCGCCUUCACCCACUGCUGUUUCAAUCCACUCCUCUACGCUUUUGUGAAUGAAAGAUUUCGGAGACAUGUGAAAAAUAUUUUGGUGAAGCUAAUUCAGAAGAUUGGCUGUAACAAGGAGUUAGGAGUCAUGGUCCCCACUGCAGAGCGUAGUGAAACUAGCAAGCAGCAAUACUGCAUGUAUUCCGAUGUGGAAAUGACAAUGGUCCAGUAGUGGUCUGGUAAAGGAGACAUAACAUCAGUUAGAACUCUGCUUCAAUGUUUCAAAUCAUGUUGUAUUGAAUCCUCUCAAAGGUAUUCAAACCUGUCAGAAUGUAAAAAUGCUUAUGAAGUGCCAGUCAAGCUGACCAUACCAAAGACAGUGAAGCAAAUCACAAUUUGAUGACUUGGAAUCUCUAAAUAUUCUGCCAGACAUAAACAUCACAUGGCUCUCUGUUACACAAUUUCUGUACAUGUUCUCUAAUCCAACCUUCUUCAACUUCUCCUAACUCUUGCCAUAUCGUCCACUCCUCACCUUAGUUUUGUCUUUGCACUUCCAUAGUUGAGUGACAAUAGUGUAGUGGUUAUGUCUUUGGGCUAGUAACCCAAAUACCUAUGCUGAUGCUCUGGGUUCAAAUCCCACCACAACAGCUGGUGGAAUUCAAACUCAUUUAAUAAA